GUAAUAUCAGCGACAACAGAGAAGCUGCGCUAACAAAAGCGGACUGUUUCCCUGCACUGUUUGAGGUCUGUUCCACCAUACCACACAGUGAUGUUCAGUGAAGCCAUGAAUGAAGUUGAGGAGAAACAUCAGUGUCAGAAACCUCAGAAUCUUGUAAAGCUGGAAAUGUCUUCUAGUAGUUUGCAGAAGAACAAGAUUUUAUCACCAAUAAGGGAACAAAGAACAGAAGCAGUCAAACCUUUCACUUGUCCUCAGUGUGGAAAGAGUUUCAAACACAAAUCAACACUUGAGGACCACAUGAGAAUUCACACUGGAGAGCGUCCAUACGCAUGUCCUCAGUGUGGAAAGAGUUUCACACAGAAAAAUUAUCUUGGGGAGCACAUAAGAAUUCACACUGGAGAGCGCCGAUACGUUUGUCCUCAGUGUGGAAAGAGUUUCACACAGAAACAUUAUCUUGAGGAGCACAUAAGAAUUCACACUGGAGAGCGACCAUACCCAUGUCUUCAAUGUGGAAAGAGAUUCACACAGCAAAAUCAUCUAAAGGUGCACAUUAAAAUUCACACUGAAGAGCAAUCAUACGCAUGUCCUCAGUGUGGAAAGAGUUUCAGAGAGAAAUCAUCGCUUGAGAGGCACAUGAUGAUUCACAGUGAUGAGCGCCCUUACCCAUGUCUUCAGUGUGGAAAGAGUUUUAAAGAAAGAUCAACACUUGAGGUCCACAUGAGAAUUCACAGUGAAGAGCGCCCAUAUGUAUGUCCUCAGUGUGGAAAGAGAUUCAGACAGAGAUCAACGUUUAACGUUCACAUGAGAAUUCACACUGGCGAGCGCCGAUACACGUGUACUCAGUGUGGAAAGAGUUUCAGACAGAAAAGUCAUCUAAAUGUCCACAUGAGGGUUCACACUGGUGAGCGUCCAUACACGUGUCCUCAGUGUGGAAAGAGUUUCAAACAGAAAACACGUCUGGAGGCGCACAAGAAAAUUCACACCAGAGACCUCAAACCUUUCACUUGUUCUCAGUGUGGAAAGAGUUUCAAACACAAAUCAACACUUGAGGAGCACAUUAGAACUCACACUGGAGAGCGUCCAUACACAUGUACUCAGUGUGGAAAGAGUUUUAAACAGAGAUCAGCGCUUGAGAACCACAUUAGAAUUCACACUGGAGAGCAACCAUACGCAUGUACUCAGUGUGGAAAGAGUUUCAAACAGAGAUCAACACUUGAGAACCACAUUAGAAUUCACACUGAAGAGCGCCGAUACGCGUGUCCUCAGUGUGGAAAGAGUUUCACACAGAAAAAUUAUCUUGGGGAGCACAUAAGAAUUCACACUGGAGAGCGUCCAUACACAUGUCCUCAGUGUGGAAAGAGUUUCACACAGCAAAAUCAUCUUAAGGUGCACAUUAAAAUUCACAGUGGAGAGCGACCGCACACAUGUCCUCAGUGUGGAAGGAGUUUCACACACAAAACAACGCUUGAUGAGCACAUGAUAAUUCACAGUGAAGAGCGCCCUUACCCAUGUCUUCAGUGUGGAAAGAGUUUUAAAGAGAGAUCAACGAUUAAGGUUCACAUGAGAAUUCACACUGGAGAGCGCCAAUACACAUGUCCUCAGUGUGGAAAGAGUUUCAGACAGAAAUCAACGUUUAACGUUCACAUGAGAAUUCACACUGGAGAGCGCCAAUACACGUGUACUCAGUGUGGAAAGAGUUUCAGACAGAAAAGUCAUCUAAAUGUCCACAUGAGGGUUCACACUGGAGAGCGUCCAUACACGUGUCCUCAGUGUGGAAAGAGUUUCAAACAGAAAACACGUCUGGAGGCGCACAAGAAAAUUCACACUGGAGAGCGUCAAUGAACAUGCCUUCACCAUAAAAUUUAGAUUUGCUCUUAAAGGAACACUUCAUUGGAUAAAUUAAAUUAGCCUAUAUUUUACUCAUCCGAACGCCGUCCUAUGUGUAUUUGACUUUCUUCUUUAAGCGCACCUCAGUCGGAGUAAUACUGAAUAAAAUCCUAGAUCUUCUCAGCUUGGUAAUAGUGGCGGAUGGCAGCCAUUAUUUUGAAACUCAAAAAGCGCAUUCAUCCAUCAUAAAACUGAUCCACACGCCUCCAGGGGGUAACACAUGUCUUCUGAAGUGGAUCGGUCGGGUUUUGUAACAACAAAAACACUUUAUUUCAACAAUUAUAAACUAGACUUGACAGAAAGACUUGAAAGUCGCUUCGAGAAAGGGACAAAAGAAGAAGGGUCGUCAGAAAACUGUGUUUACUCUGUUUGCCAAGUGUCAUCCAAAACUGCUUUAUUAUGAGGUAAAAUUGUCCAUCUCCCGCCAGAGUUUUUAUCUCAGGAUCUCAGCCCUUCUUAGCAAGUAGGGAACAUGAAUGCGAUUGGAACUCACCUGAUGUUUCAGACACGCCAAGUGCAGUUUGGCAGACUCGGAGCCAUUGAGAGACAGUUGCGUCGACUCCAAUGGAACAGUUUUUACAGCAAUGGCGGUUCAUGGAGGCUCUCAAUAGUUCACGGGAGUUACUAGUAACGCAUGGAGCCGCUGGGGCUAAACAGAACGAUUGUGACGAACUUUUAACUCAUAAAAAUGAACGAAAUAAAGCAUUUAAAGAGCAUUUAAAUUCUCUUUAUGCUUCAUAUUCUUGUGGUGUUUGCUGUCUUCUGUUGAGCUCUAUAUGUUAUUAUACAGUAAAGUCAGCAGAAGUCACUAGAUAUGACGAUCAUCAAACUAUGAGGUGUUGACAAAGACAUCGAGUAUCUUUCUAGAACCGGGGGGUAUUGCACAAAAGUAGAAUAAAGAAAGCCAGGAUAACAGUAAAGGUGCGGCUUGACCUAGCUUAAUCAGUGCAUCCGGUUUAGUCCGUUGCAAGUUUGCUGCGCCAGUAUGAGAACGCGGAGCAAGGUCAAGCCAGGUGUAGAUACUUGGGAUGAGUGCACGUUCACGGCAUUCUUAAAUAGAACACGGGAUCGAUCACAGAAUCGGUGAUGCAAAAAUGGAAAGAACAUGUGCGGCAUACUUCUCGCCAACUGAGCAACAGCUCAUAAUGGAAACAGAUGAAGAGUCCAAAGAAGCAGUGCUCCACUGAAAAAAACCAUGAGAAUAAAAAUUCAAGAGUUGUCAUGCAUCAAUUAGCAGUUGUACUCCAACCCAAGAUUUCACCACAGCAGAGGAGCUGGCCCUGGAGUUGAAUAAAGGGAAGCCAGUGAUGGAGGGCAUCCAGGGAGGGACAGCCACUGACUCUGUUGAAAUUUUACACAAAAUAAAUAGACUAUAGAAAUAACUACAGCAUUAUUAUUACUACCAGCUUAUUCUAUUUCCUCAUCACACACAUAAUCAUCUAUUUAUGCAGUGUGAUAAUUUAACUAAACCAUGAGGCCUCCACCACAGACCAUUAGAUAGAAAAACAAAACUUGAAAAGUCUGCAAAAAUAUUUUUAACAGCAUCAUUACUGAAAAUAACAGAUUGAUUUGUAAUAUACAUUUUUAAAAAUGUAUUUGAAAAAACAAAGCGCCUUAAUAAACUUAAAUGUUCAGCGCAGUGUUAUGUGUGUGUGCGCCUGCUGCGUCUGAGCGCGCAUUUCCUUAACGCGAGUGUAUGCUUCAUUUUCUAAACAAGAACAAGUGAAAUAAAUAA